UCUCACUUUCCUCAUUUUCUCUUCCAAUUCUCUCUACAUAUUUCCUUUCCUUUCCUUUCAAACAACAAAGUCACUUUCUUCUAAUAUUUUGUUACUACUCCAAAAAAUAUUGUGUCCAUUUUUUUUCCAAGAAAAUUUCUACCCUUUUUUCCUCUUGAUUACUUCUUCAAUUUUAGCCUUUUGGGUUUGUUUUUUUUCAAAAUGGAAAAGGGAAAUGUGUUCAUAAAUGAUGAUAACACUACCUAUGAACAUCUUCAAAAUUGUUUCUUUAAUCCCAAUUUAGAUAACAAUAAUUCUGAUCCAUUUGAGUCAGCAUUAAGUUCAAUGGUAUCUUCUCCUAUUUCAAUUCCUAAUAAUAAUAGCGGUGGUGAUAAUUUUGUAUUAAGGGAAUUAAUUGGUAGACUAGGAAGUAUUUGUAACAAUAAUAAUAAUAAUAGUAGUAGUACUAAUAAUUCUUGUUAUACUACCCCUUUAAAUUCUCCACCAAAAUUGAAUCUUUCUAUGAGAGGAAAUUUACCACCAACACAAUUUACUACUGAUCCUGGAUUUGCUGAAAGAGCUGCUAGAUUUUCUUGUUUUGCUACAAAUUUGGAAAGUGGACAACUUUCAAGUAAUCAUUCUAUCAAGAUUCAAGAUUUCAAAGAUGUCAAUUUGGUUCAAAGAAAUUCAGAAUUUGGAGAUUCAAGAGAAAAUUCAUCACUUUCUGAGCAAAUAAUUGGUCAAAAUGAUACCAAUUCAAGAAAAAGAAAAUCAAUUUCCAAGGGAAAAUCAUCCAAGAUUGUCAAUGAGAAAAAUGAAUCAAAUGCCAAAAGAAGCAAGUCUGAGGAAAAUGAAAAUAAAGUAACUAAAGAAGAGGAAAAAGCUGUUUUAGAAGAAAAUAAAGAUAACCAAAAGGCAACAGAGCCACCAAAGGACUAUAUUCAUGUGAGAGCUAGAAGGGGACAGGCCACAGAUGCACAUAGUCUAGCUGAAAGAGUGAGAAGGGAGAAAAUUAGUGAAAGAAUGAAGCUUUUACAAGAUCUUGUACCAGGCUGCAAUAAGGUGACUGGAAAAGCUGUGAUGCUUGAUGAGAUUAUUAACUAUGUACAAUCACUUCAACGUCAAGUUGAGUUCCUUUCAAUGAAAUUAGCUACUGUGAAUCCAAGAAUGGACUUUAAUAUGGAAGCACUUCUUUCCAAAGAUAUGUUUCAAUCUAGGGGAUCAUUGGCUCAUAACAUGUAUCAAUCAGAAACAUCAACACAAGGAUUUCCUUAUGGAUUUCAAUCUCAACCAAACCAAAAUUAUCAUAAAGGAACAGAGUUUCCUUUCCCAAUUAACUCAUUGAAUCCUAAUUUAAUCAGAAAUUCAAGCAUGCAAUUGCCUCCUCUAGAUGGUUUUGUUGAACCUACCCCUCAGGUCCCCACAUUCUUUGAGGAUGAUCUCAAUAGUGUUGUUCAAAUGGGAUUUGGCCAAAAUCAGAACCAAAGUUUUCAGAGUGUAGCAGGUAACUUGUCUUAUUGUGAUUUGUUCUUUAAAUGA